CCCCCCCUGGCCCCCCAGGACUGGCAGGUCCGGUACCAGCAGGACACCCCGGUCGCCCCCCGCUUCGAUGUCAACGCCCCCGACCUCUACAUCCCGGCCAUGGCUUUCCUCACCUACAUCCUCCUGGCCGGCCUCGCUUUGGGCACCCAAAACAGAUUUUCCCCGGACAGCCUGGGGCUGGUGGCCAGCUCGGCGCUGGCCUGGCUGCUGCUGGAGGUGCUGAGUGUCCUGCUCAGCCUUUACCUGGUCACCGUCAGCACCGACCUCACCCCCAUCGACCUCGUGGCCUUCGCUGGCUACAAAUACGUGGGGAUGAUUGUGGGGCUGCUGGCCGGGCUGCUGCUGGGCAGGGCCGGCUACUACGUGGCCUUGAGCUGGUGCUGCUUCAGCAUCUUCAUCUUCAUGAUCCGGACGCUGAGGCUGAAGCUGCUCUCGGAGGCGGCGGCCGAGGGGGUUUUGGUGCGGGGGGCCAAGAACCAGCUGCGCAUGUACCUGACCAUGGCCAUCGCCGCCGCCCAGCCCCUCUUCAUGUACUGGCUCACCUUCCACCUGCUCAGGUGAGCCCAGCCCUGCCCGAAUUCCAGAAAAAAUCCUGGAAUUCCUGGGAAAAAAUCCAGCCGUUCUCCCAAAAAAAUCCCCUGGUUUUUGGGGGUUUCAAUAAACGGAAUUUGAAGGA